GUGACCUAUGCACAUCCUUGUAGGUUAUGUCGGUACGAGGAAAGUUAUUUAAAUUUUCAAUUUCCUUUAAAAAAAAUGACCUCCGUUCUUCCAGAUAGUGAUGCUUAUCAAGUUUAUAACACUCUUACCUCUUUAGGAUGUUGCCUUAGAUGUAUUCUUAGAUUUUUAGGCGUGCCGGUUUUUGAAAAUGAAAGUUUAUACAAGAAACCCCAACAAUAUUUUGAAAAGUUUGGCUGUAACAAUGGAGGUGAAUCUUUGCCACUUAAAAAAAUUAAGUUAAAUCCUUGCCCAACAUGCUUAAAUUGCUUCGAUGACUUAUUGCUGCAAACUAUAGCAGAACAGCUCAAAACAUCUUCAGUUAAUCAGUACAACUAUAAUACUUAUAUGCUGAACAUUAGCUUUCCUAAAAGUGUCCCAAUUAGGACACACAGCAUUUGUUUGCACUUGAAAACCACAUUUCCAUUACUUUCCUUAUAUAAUGAAGAUGUUGAAAAACCAGAAAACAAUUUAGAGUUACCGCACAAAAUAUUUAGAACUAUAGCCUCUGAUAUAUUUGCCAAUGCCAUUGGAAAGGAUUAUUCUCCAAAAUCCAAUCUAACAAUUUUAAUAGCCUUGGGAUAUGAAGAUGAUGAAUCGGAAAUCGAAGACAUUAAAAACCUAGAGAAGAAAAAAUUUUUAGGUUUAGCGAGGAACUACCAUAGAAAAAACAUCAAGAAAAACGAAUUCAGCAGAAAUGUCAUUUCUGAAUUGUUGAAUGACGUAGAUCCGAAACAGUUUAUCAAGUUGUUUUCUGUUCCGCCCGUUGUUCCGACAAAAUUUGCGUUUUUGGAGGCCAUUACGAUUCAAGCCGAUCCAAUUUAUAUAGGUGGCAGAUACUUGAAAUUUAAACGGAACGUAGCGCAAACUCCGUGGGUCGUAGAUGGCGCAAAUGUCGUGGAGCAUAACGUCCAAGAUAUUAUAUUCGAUGCUAUCCAAAAUGUGACUGGCAUUGACAAAAAUAAGAUGACAUUCACAGCGAGUGGCCGAGAAGACAUCGACGUAAGGAUGUUGGGCAAGGGCAGGCCAUUUUAUAUAAAAAUAGACGACGCGUAUGAUGGACAAAUACCGAAAUCUAGUUUCGACAAAAUUCAAGAGGAAAUAAUUGCCACCGAAUUGGUCGCCGUGAUUCAACUACAGAAUGUUCUCGCGUCAGAUACGAAAAUAAUCAAAACGGGAGAAAUUGAAAAAAGAAAAACUUAUAAAGCAUUGUGCCACACGUUCGUCCCUAAUGUUCAAGAUGCGGUUGACAUUAUAAAUGGGAUUUCAAGGAAUUUAGAGAUAUCUCAAUUGACAUGCAUGAGGGUGUUGCACAGGAGAACGAUGUUAUCUAGGAAAAAGAAGGUUCAUAAAAUAUUUGCAUCCGCCAUUCCAGGUCAGCAUAAUUUAUUUGAACUAGAUGUGGAGACCGAUGCCGGCACGUACAUCAAAGAAUUGGUAAACGGUGAUUUUUGUCGAACCGAACCUAACAUAUCUUCACUUGUGGGUUUUCCCGUAGACGUAAUGGCAUUAGAUUGUGUAGAUAUUGAUUUAGUUUGGCCUAAUAUUGAGAAAAAUCCAACGAAGAGUGGGAAAGUGUGUAAGAAUCCAGAAGAAAUCGCGAAAAAUCAUGAAGCCAUUGAUUAGCAUUCUGGCAAAGGAAUGGAAAGGAAGAAGCUGUAAUCCAUUCUUGAAGCAAAAAAAAUUUCAAUCUUUUUAAUUAUCGUAAUAAAAAUGAACGUUAUGAG